CUCGGAGACGGCCAUGGUCUCUCUGCUGACAUUCUCUCCUGGUGCUCCCCAAGAAGCCUUAACUUAAAGAUUACUAUUGAGAAUAACAGUCAAACGAUGUUUGAAUCAGCCUUUUUAGAGAAAUCUCUUGAAGAGGAGGGGAAAGGGACAGAACAGAAAGUGCUUGAGAGCCGAAUCUAUCCAGCCUAACAAAAGAGACCCCGAGCUCAAAACGCGACCCGAAUUGCUCUCCCGAGGUGUAAAUUCAGGCUUUUCCUCAGCUCAUUUGCAUUCUUGGAAAGACGCACUAAAAGCUAAUCAUGAAAUCUCUACUAGAAGCCCUUUCAGACACAACUUUCAGGACAAUUACGACAGACCUCCUUUAUAUUGCAUCUAAUGAAGUUCAAUACGAUGACAGUAAGUUGGACCUCAACAUGACAAAAGUUGGUUAUGUCACACAGAAUCGGCACCCCUCCCUUGGAAAAGGCAACCCCCACCUAGAAAAAAUGACAUCAGGGGAAGAACUUUUAUCCAGUGCCAACCUCCAUGAUUCAAUGAAUGCUAGUAAUUUCCUGUACAACCAAUCAAUUAUGAAUGAUACAAUAAAGUGUGGAGAAAACUUCAUGGACAUGGAAUGCUUUAUGAUUCUGACCCCCAGUCAACAGAUGGCUAUUGCUGUAUUGGCAUUGACCUUGGGGACUUUCACAGUUCUAGAGAAUGUAUUGAUUCUGUUUGUUAUUAUCCGAUCUCGCACUCUCAGAUACAAACCAUCUUAUCAUUUUAUUGGCAGCCUGGCUGUGGCUGACCUUUUGGGCAGUGUGAUUUUUGUAUAUAGUUUUGUAGAUUUCCACGUGUUUCAAACAAAAGACAGCCCAAGUGUCUUCCUAUUCAAACUAGGUGGCGUCACAGCUUCUUUCACUGCUUCAGUGGGUAGCCUCUUCCUGACUGCCAUAGACCGGUACAUCUCCAUACACAAGCCUCUUGCCUAUAAGAGGAUUGUCACGCGGCCAAAGGCAGUUGUUGCUUUCACUGUCAUGUGGACCAUAUCUAUAAUAAUUGCUGUCCUCCCUCUGUUGGGCUGGAACUGUAAAAAACUGAAAUCUGUCUGCUCCGAUAUCUUUCCACUCAUUGAUGAGAAUUACUUAAUGUUCUGGAUUGGUAUUACUAGCGUUUUGUUGAUUUUUAUCAUUUAUGCCUAUGUCUACAUACUGUGGAAGGCUCAUGCCCAUGCUGUCCGCAUGAUUCAACGUGGCACCCAGAAGAGCAUAAUUGUCCAGGUGGCCGAAGGCACCAGGGUGCAGACUGUUCGACUUGAUCAAACUCGCAUGGACAUCCGACUGGCCAAGACACUUGUCCUCAUCCUUGUCGUUCUCAUCAUCUGCUGGGGUCCUCUCCUCGCCAUCAUGGUGUACGAUGUCUUUGGGAAAAUGAACAAACUGGUAAAGACAAUAUUUGCCUUCUGCAGUAUGCUGUGUUUGCUCAAUUCAACAGUCAAUCCUAUUAUUUAUGCUCUGAGGAGCAAAGAUCUGAGGCAUGCUUUCCGUAGCAUGUUCUGCUCCUGUAAGGCAGCUUCAGCCCAGCCAUUGGAAAACAGCCUCGAGUCAGACUGCCAGCAGAAGCAGGCGAACUAUCCUGGCACCAUGCAAGCGGCAGCCAGGAACUGCAUCAAAAGCACUGUGAAAGUAGCUCAAGUGGCCAUCUCAGUCUCCACGGAGACAUCAGCUGAGGCUGUGUGAAUGUAGAGAUAUGAUGAUUGUUGCCGACAAUAAUUCUGAAUGAUCAAAUCACAUUUCUCUCAAGGUCCCUUAAAAAGAAGACUCGGGCAGCAUUUCCAACUGAUUUGCCAUGAAAAGAAAACACUUGUAUUAGCUUGGAAUCUGCAGCAAAAGCAAUUUAGUGAUUGCAUUCGCCCAUCUGGCUCGCACACAUCAAAUGAGAGCCAAGCUGUUGAUUUGAAGAAUUUGGUUUACACUGUAAUACUAAAAACAGUAGUAUGAGUGGGAAUAUAGUAAAUCUCAUUAUACUCCUGUUGUUUAGGACAAGUCUAAAUUGUUUGGAAACAGAGAGGUCCUUUUCAGAGUUUCAUUAAACUAAUGUCUGUCACAUGUACAACAAUACUAACACUCUCCAAUAUUGCUGUGCUUAUUAAUUAUAGCAAGCAACUCUUAUUAAGUGGUCUAGUAUUGGUAUCUUCAGAUAUGUAUUCCCUCCAAUAUUAAUAUUUAAAUUUACAGAUCAAUGUCUAUUAAAAAUGAAAUAAUAUAUUCACUGUACCCUAGAAACUAAGGUUACUUAUUUCCUUCUUUUUUUGGUUAUGUGGCAGAUAUUGACCUGACUGAUUCAUUUCCAUGUGCAAUGCUGCUUGUUGCAUGUAUAUAAGCGAUCUUAACAAAAUAAGAUGUGACAUAAUUCCAAUCACUUGCUUUUAAAUAUUGGAUAAAGAAAGUCCCAGAACCAACAUAAAUGUUUGUGCAGCUAUCUGAUAAUGUCAUGGGCCAAACAGAAGUCCCAUUCACUCUUUACUGUUUGCCACAGAUUGGUUUUGUAAUCUGAAUUCAGAAAUACCUUAGAAGGGAGUAAUACAUGAAGUAUGCUAUCAUUCAGGCAAAACUAAUAAGGAGGAAAUUAAAUGUAAGUAAAUGUGCAUUCAUUUAGUAAUUUAGCAGUGUUUAUUAAAGUGACAAUGAUGGUUAGAUGGUAAUUUCCUUUUUAAAUUUGGUCAUUAUUUGGCAUAAUUAAUUAGGUGAUUUUGAGGAGAGACUUUAAUUGUCAGACACUGCUCCAUUUCUGACAUUACUUUAAGCUGCUGUUUGAAAUAAUAUUGUAUAGAUACUGCCAGAAUGAGUUGAUAUAAAUAGAAAGCAUGUGCUAAUGAAAUUACUUUUUUCUAGACUCAACUCUUGGUCCUAAUGAAUGCAGCACAGGUAAAGGUGAUUAUUAUUUUUAUUUAUUAUGAGCUUUAUAAAUUAUUGCAUCAUUUUUGUGAAUUAAAAAAGGGUGAUUUUACUCUGGAGACUAUUGUCUGACCAAAAAUCAGAUUACGGUUUUUCACAUUUUUGUAGCACUUUUUCUGCCAAACAUUUUGACUCAAGCAUUUAUAUUAAAUGCCUGAAUAUCAUACAAUGCUUUAAUAUUAGGUGCAUUCAUGUUAAACAAUAAUUUCUACACCAAUCUAUUUUAUUAACACCAUAUCCUGAAUUCCAAGAAAAAGUCACUCAAUAUAUUUGGCCGAAUGAAAAUUGAUACUCAAGAAAUUACGUUGCCAAGUGAAUUGUCUUGGGUGACAUGAGACCUCCAUUGAGGAAGGUUAUUUCAUCAUGUGGAAUAUUUAUUAUUGAAUCCCAAUAAAUUAUUUCUGAUAUUAAUAGCCUACUGCCACAAUAUCAAUGUAUAAAUAACAACACAUUAUACUCAUUUUGGACAGUUCCUCACAACUAUAUAUAUAUUCUACAUAAGCACAAUUAACAUAGCGUCACAUGUCCUUAAGGCUUUGUAUAACAUUCAGAGUUUAUAUGUGCUUAUAAUAACAUGAUUAUGCUAGUUGGGAUCAGUUUGCAGACAAAGUAUGGAUGUUGAAGAUUGUUUAGUAAUACUUUGAUUAUUUGAGAGGAUCCAUUCCAAAAAAUAGUUUUAAAUUUCUGUAAAAUCAGGACACCCACUUUUCCUAUAGUUAACGUAGUUAAGUGGUGGGUCCAUGGAAUGGAUAGGCCUUCAGGAAAGGCACUACAUUAUGAAGGUAAAUCUUUUUAGUUAUAAUCAUGAUUUAAAAUUAUUAUUGUUUACAAUUGUAGUGUUUCAUUUGAAGAAGGAUAUCUACCUCAGGUGCAGGUAUGAAAGAGCCAGGUGUUUUAAAACAGUUGCAAAACCUUUGCAGUAGAUCUAAACAUAAAGGGCAUAUUGUCUGAACAUGGAAAGUGGUUGGUUUAAUUCUCAGAUGAGGAAGAUGGUGGAAAAUUUAUGAGUGUGACGUGUUCACAUUAUUGAGAAGUGUGCUCAUAAUUCCUAAUUAUGCAGCAUGCUUAAGCAAUAUAUAAAAUAUAAAUGUAAAUGCUGCAUUUAUCUAAGUGGGAUCAUAAUUUAUGGCACAAUUGGGAUAUUAUUUAAUACAUCUAUACCUAUGCAGCUCUUGGCUAAAAAAAAACUAAGAAGGUGACACCAUAAUUCAUAGUUUUCAUAGUCCUCAUACAAGAAAUAUUUCAAGGACAUCUUUUUCAAGGACUACAAUCACAGCAAAAUCCAGAAAGAGGAAUCUGUUCUUGUUAAUGCUUUCUGCUGACAUUGAAAGCAGAAGCUAUAGAAACAUAUUAGUGGUUUUAUUUUGAAAUCCUUCCUGUCAAUAAAAAUCUCUUUUGUUUAUUGACAUGCUCAGCUCUUGGAUAAGACAAAGAAAGAGCAGUAGAUCAAUUCAACCCUUAAAUGAAAAUCAGAAUACUGCAAAUGCUGUAAAUCUUAAAUAAAACCAGAAAAUGUGGUAACAGUUUGCAGGUCAGGAGGCAUCCAUAGAAACAAAUAAAUUAACAUUUCAGGUUGAAAACCCUUUAUUAGUAUUUAGGAAAAAUAGAAAAAUAGUUUUAAAGUGCAGAAUUGUUGGAGGAGGGAUAGAUAGAACAAAGGGAAUAUCUCUGAUAAAGUGAAGCCAGGGUUGCCAUGGUGAUAAGCUUAUUUCUCACUAAUUUUAUGAUUACGUCCAUUCAUGCUUUAUUUCUUCAUCAAAGGAAUUUAUUUACAUUCUUUUAUCAUUUUAUUAAGCACUUGAUCAUUUUAAGCAUGCAUCUCUAAAUGUUCAAAGAAAAACAAACUAAGUUUUUUUAUAACUUGACAUGAUAACUUAAUCCUUUAAUCCACAACACCAUUCUGGUGUAUAUGUUAAUAUUCCUUGUCCCAUCACAAAGCAAACUGUAUAUCCUUUCUAAGCUGUAGUACCCAAAGCUGAACACAGUGCUCUUUGACAGCAUCUCUUUAACUUUUAUAUUCCGAUCUCCCUUAUAAUAAAGGGCAUUAGAUAACUGAACUUUUUAUGCUUUCACAAAUUGUACAUUAGUUUUUCAUGAUUUUUGUGCAAGGUCACUAUUUUGAACUUCCAUGGCUGCUGGUGUCUUAGCAUGAAGCAUUUCCUUACUCUGACCUAAAUGACUGGCUCCAAAUUAAUCUUGAACUUAGGUCCAGCAACAUCCCUCUGGAGAAUUCCACUUGUCACAUCCUGUCCAUCAAAGAACAAACCCUCAAUCCUUCCUCUGUAAACCUUGCCUCCCAGUUAGCAAUAAUGUUGUGUUCAAUUUCAUGCACUACAAUUUUUUAUAAUAAGUUAUUUGCAGAAAGUUUUCAAAGACUGUAAUUAAUUCAGAAUCAGAAUCAUGUUUAAUAUUAAUGGGAUAUGUCAUGGAAUUUGUGAUCUUGUUGCAGCUGUGCAUUGCGAAACAUAAUAAAACUAUAAAUUACAUUAAGUAUAUAUUAAAAAAAUAAAUUAAUUAAGUCAUGCAAAAGGAGAGGAAGGAAAAAUAGUGAGGUAGUUUUCAUAGAUACAUUGUGCAGUCAGAAAUCUGAUGGCAGAGAGGAAGAAGUUGUUCCUGGAAUGUUGAGUUUGUAUCUUAAAGCUCCUGGUAGCAAUAAGAAGAGGGCAUGUUCUGGGUGAUGGGGACCUUAAUGAUUGACACCGCCUUUCUGAGGCAUCGCCUUUUGAAGAUGACCUUGAUGCUGAGGAGGCUAACACCCAUAAUGGAGCUGGCUGAGUUCACAACUUUCUGCAUCUUUUUCCAAACCUGUGCAAUAGCCUUUCCAUACCAGACAGUAGUGCAACCAAUUAGAAUGUAGCAAUUUGCAAGUGUAUUUGGUGACAUACCAAGUCUCUUCAAAGUCCUAAUGAAAUAUAGCCACUGUCAUGCCUUCUUUGUAAUUAUAUCAAUAUGUUGGGCCCAGGAUAGAUCUUCAGAGAUGUUGACACCCUGGAACUUGAAACUGCUCACCCUUUCCAGUUCUCUUCUCUCAGUGAGGACUGGUGUAUGUUCCCUCAACUUCUCCUUCCUGAAGUCCACAAUCAAUUCCUUGAUUAAAUGCAAGGUUAUUGUUGCAACACAACUCAACCAGCGAAAUCCAUCUUCCUCCUGUAUACCUUCUCAUCACCAUAGGAAAUUCUGCCAACAGUAAUUGUAUCAUUGGCAAAUUUAUGGAUGACGUUUGAGCUGUACCUUGCCACGCAGUCGUGAGUGUAGAGAGAGUAGAGCAGCGGGCUAAGUACGCAUCCCUGAGGUGGGCCAGAGUUGAUUGUCAGUGAGGAGGAGAUAUUAUUUCUGACCAGCACAGUCUGUGGUCUCCCAGUGAGGAAGUCAAGGAUCCAGUUGCAGAGGGAGGUACAGAGGCCCAGGUAUUGGAGCUUGUUGAUUAGAAAUGACUAUAAUUACUAUACGCAUUAUCACUUUGUACACCAGAUCAAUAGCAACAUAAAAAAAACCAGGUUACUUAGAAAUUUGUGGCAAUCCUUGUUAAUGAACUGAUACUUGUUACUUUAUCCUUAAAGAUAUUUUGCUAUGACUGCUCAUAACUAAUAUUAAAUUAAAGAAUCUACAUUUCCCACUUUCUCAUUCAAUAGACUGGUCUUUAUUUUGAAAUAAUAGAGCUGCAUUUGUAAUAUUCCAGUUCAAAUAUGAAAUUUCACUUUCUAGAAAUGUCCAGAUAGGAAGUUCUAGAAAGAGACAACUCCUAUGCUUUAACUCAUAUACUCAAGAUCAGAAAUGUAUUGCUAAUAAAAGUUCAUUUUCCCCUUCAUAUGAGAAACAAAUUUAUAUUUUGACCCUGGAAAAUUCCUCUCUGGUAGAUAAUGACAGAGUUGUGACCAAUUUUAAGAAAUCUUAAUCUUCAAAAGCUUCUUAAAAUGUCAGGAAAAAAGAUCUUAUAAUGCAUGAGUAUCUAAAUUCUUUGAAUGCCUAAUGCUAAAUGGAUGUAAAAUAAUCUGGAGCCUUUCAUAAAUGUACUGUACAUCAUAUUUUUCCUAGAUCUGUUGGCUUUAUGUUGACAUUGCAAAAUUGCACAUUUUAGUUUUCCCCUCCCCUCUCCCUCCUGGUUCCAUCUGCCUAAUAGCUUCUUUCCUUAUCUAUUUCCACCCGUCACCCACCAGCCUCUGUCUCUAAGCCCUUCUCCUCCCUCCCCACCUGGCUCCAUCUGCCAAUCAUUCCCUGCCUCACCUGGUUCCACCUAUCACCUACUAGCUCCUUUCUCAUCCUUCACUCACUCUCUCAUCACUGGCUAUUCUUCCUCUAAACUCUCAGUCUUGAUGCAGUUUCUUAGCGUGAAACAUUGACCAUCCUUUUUGCCUCCACAGAUUCUGCUUGACCUGCUGAGUUCCUCCAAAAUAGACCAUUCAGCUUUUGAUCAUGAUUAGUUACUACUUCUCUGUGAUGUCCUUCCUAAUCCAAAUAUGAGAAUAUUCCCUCUUCCCUUUUUCCAACCCUUUCCUCCAUUGAAAUCUUGCUUUAACCAUUUCCUUUGGUGGCAAGUUCCAUGUUUUCCUCACGUUAUGGUUAUGAAGCUCUCUUCGAAGUAAUUCCUUAUUUGUUUUAUUUUUUAGUGGAUGUUACUUUGUUAGUUUUUUUUUCCUUAUAAGGAGAGGAGUUGCACUUUUACCAAUACAGUAAAUGCAGUUUUAUCCCAUAGUAUUCACAUAGCAUAGAUGUUGAAGAGUGGUCAUAAUUCCAUCACUUUGAAUAGCCUUUUCUCCCUGAAUGACAGAAUAGAUUUUCCUCUAAUAAAGGCUGUGGUAAAAAAUGGUGGAAAUACUCAGUGAGCUGAGCAAAACCCGGGGAUUUUCCAUCGACCUCAAAUGUUAAUUUUGUUCCUUCCUCUACACCAUGAUCUGCUGAAUAUUUUCUGCAUUUAUUUUUGCCAUUAAUGAUUUCCAACAUUUAUUUUUUUAAUUGUUGUUCAAAGAGUGAGCCAAGUUUAAAAGUGUUUUAAUCACUGAGGAUUCUGAAACAUUGUCAUAUCAAUGGUAAGGACAGUGCGAUAUCCCCAAGUGUAUCAGGAGUGUGUAUAUUGUAAAUUACCAUUUAUAUGUAAACCUGAAAUAAUUAACAGCAUGGUGGUAGGUGGCGAAUACCUCAGUAUUGGGAUUUCAACCCUCCACUUUCAGUUACAUUCAUAUGUUCACUAUAGAAUGUUACGAUUUUUUCAGAGAUCGCAGUUUUUAUGAUGUAAUAAUUUGACCAGCUUAUUUAGUGAAUAUUUAAACCCAACAUAUCAGGAAAGACUCAAGAUCAGUCUGCAAUCUGUGCUAGGCUGCCAUUAGCAUUGCUGUGGUAGUUGCUCUCAGCACCAUUAUUGGUAGAACAAGAACACAAAGUUUUUUUUUCAGUUACUGCUGUUGAUUCUGGCUGUGUCACUGAAACCCUAUCUUCCUUAUAAAGUCUCACCUUUUUUAUUUGCUGCAGAACGUAUGCUUAAAAGUCACUAAAUAUGCUUGCAUCUGCCAGUUUUUAAGCACUUAACUGUGUGGAAGCUUGGGACGCCUGAGUACAGACUGAAGUGGAGCUUUUAUGCUCGUGGUAAGUGUCAGUCCCAGGACACCUGCAUUGCACGGGUGCAUCUCCCUUAGAGUCCAAUGGGACUGAGCUUCCUUCCUCAGAUUUCCCAGCACUUACACUGAGAAUCCUGUGCAGUUCAGUGACCUAGUUAAAGUAUAUCUGGACAAAACAAUCACUACGAGAAUGAUAAGUGAGCCUAUCUGAGUGAAGGUUAGUUAGGUUAAAAAUAUUUAAUAGUGCUUGAUUUUUUUCAGUUUCAUGAUGGCAUUAACAGCUGGUGAGCCUGUGGUUGGACAGCAUGUUCUCAAUGGUUGUCAAAGCCAUUCUGGAGGUACCUGCAGGACUGAAUGACCUGCACCUCAUUCAGCCUGAAGUUGAGCUCCCCAACGAAGUCUGCUCACUGGGCCUCAGUGUGCUUCAGGAGCUUGUCAAUCAGUGGGAAACCCAGCCUAAUAUUAAACUAAAAUUGAUUUUGGCUAUCAGAGCACUGAUAAAUUGCAGCAUUUUGAGACUUGUUAAUUUGCACUGUUAUCAGUACUCCUGAGUGCUAAAUGUCUCAUGGUUAACAACGCUACUUAAUAGACAACUUUGUUAGAUAUUUUCAUUAAUUGUAUUAUUUGUCAAAGUUAAUCAUCAUGCAAAGUGCAGUUUAGAUUAAAAGCUCAAAGCUAAGUAAAAGAAAGUCUCAAAUUUGUAAUGUCCUAACGAAAUCCUUGUGAAGAAUAAAUAAUGCAACAAGAAAGAUGUUGUUUUUAGUGUCCGCUGAACAAACUGAAAUACUUUGAAGCUUUCUAAAAUCAAAAAUGAACUGUUGAUCAACAGUCAGCUUCUAGGAUGUGAUGAUAUGGAUGGAAAACCACACCUGCAGUCCCUUGAGGUGUGUCUGCUUAGUUAAAGUUCUACUUAAGGAAGGUCUAAUGAGUGAGAAUAUUGACAGUAAUUUUAAAAAUUGGUUGAGGUCAGUGACCAUGGCCAUCGCAGGAGAUUUAAAUGACUGAAUCACAAAAUGGGGAGGACAAGAACUUUUGGAUCUCUGAAUUGAAAAUUGGCCUCUGUAAUUAUAAAAGGUUCUGUGAGAAGAGAACCAGGUGGCUAUUAUACUUGUCACUCACUGUUAAUUUGCUUGUACUUCCACUAACUCCUAAGGGGAAAAAGCACAAGGUAAACAUUUCUUCGCUUUCUUCAUCGAGAUCUUAGAAGUUAGCUUCACCAAUAUUUAAAAUGUAUAAUAGAGCAACAUUUGUUGUUAACAAAUGUUAUGUACUAGAAACUGUUAUCAUUGACCAGUGUGCAAAUUUAAUGUAAUAAAGGACUUGUUGCAUUAUAAAGGCUGCAUUGUCAGCUGCAAAUUGUGUGAUUUACAUUCUGUUGCUGGAAUGAACAAUAUAAAGUUGGGUUAUAAAAAGAAGUACAAGGCGCCCAUCUCCCAUCUGUUAUUGUAAAAAUGUUUAGCUGUGAAUAGUGGAAUGUGUUUACUCUGUACUUCAAAUUAGAAAAUGGAAAUUGUGUUUCUUCAAACUUGGCUGUAUAUGGCAACUGUAUCUCAGAUCAGGAUUAGUUCCCGAUUUACACAGUUCAUUCAGAGCAAAAGCAGAGAAAAAACAAGAGACUGCAGUGCAGCCACAAUUUGAUUCAUGAGUGUAACGGGAGUCACAGCAUCCCUUUAAACAUCUUCGGUAAAUCUUAUUCUAUAAAUACUGGCAGUUGGCAGCUGUGUGACGCAAUGGAUUCCAUAUUUGUCGAAUCAAGAUCCAUGGCUAGCUCAGAAAGAUGCAAACAAUCUGUUACUUGAAGAGGAAGGAUUUGAGCAGUUUUAAAUCAGUCCCCAGUAUACAUGAAUCCAUGGCGCUAAUUGAUCUUUACUUUUUUUUUAACGAAGUUGAUAAUUUCACUCAGGGAGGCACAAGAAUAGCUGCUGUGGGAAAUAAUGAAAUUAGAGUUGCUCUUCAAAGGGCUAAAGGAUCACAGAUUCAUAGAGUUAUACAGCAUAGAAACAGGCCUAUUGGCUCAACUUGACCAUAAUGACAAAGAUACCUACCUACAUUAAUUCCAUUAGCCUGUGUGUGGCCCGUAUCCCCCUAAAGCACGGAUUCCCAACCCUUUUUAUGCCAUGGACCAACACCAUUAAGCAAGGGGUCCAUAGACCCCAGGUUGGGAAACACUGCCCUACACCUUUCCUACUCAUAUACCUGUCCAAAAGUGUUUAAAAUGCUGUUAUUGUACCUACCUCUACACUUCCUCUGGCAGCUUGUUCCAUAGACCCACCAUCCUCUGUGUGCUCAGAUUCCUAUCCCAAAUUAAACCUGCGUCCUCAAAGUUUGCAUUACCCUACCCUGGGGAGAACAGAUUGUGACUGUCUACCCAAGCUCUGUCCCUCAUAACUUUAUAAACCUUAGUCUCCUUUGCUCCAGAGAAAUCUCUCUUUAUAACUUAAGUCAUCCAGUCCCGGCAACAUUCAUACGAUUCCUUUUUGCAUUGUUUCCAGUUUAUUACAUCCUUUGUAAAGCAUGGUGACCAGAACUGCACACAAUAAUUUCAAUGUGGUGUAACAACUGGGUAUACAACUGUAGCAUGAAGUCCUAAUUCCAUAUUGAUUGCUUUGGCCAAUGAAGGCAAGCAUACCACAAGCCAUCCCUACUACUCUGUCAGGGAAACAUACUUGGACCCCAAGGUCAUGCUGUUCAGUAACACUCCUCAGGGCCUUGCCGUGCACUAUGUAUGUGCUAUCCUGGUUUAACUUCCCAAAAUGCAUUAUUUUACCCUCGGACGUGUUAAAUCCCAUCAGCCAGUCCCUUGACCUCUUUCCCAGUUGAUCAAGAUUCAAUUGUAACUUUAAGCAAUCUUCUUCACUGUCCAUAACACCACAAGUCUUGGUGUCAUCUGCAUUAUCACAAAUCAUGCCAGCUACAUUCUCUUUCAAAUAAUUAUGAUGAAACGUAAAGGACCCAGUUCCACUCCCUGCAGCACACUUUUAGUUACCGGUCUCCAAUCUGAAGAGCAACCGUCCAUUACCACUCUCUGCCUCCAACCACCAAGCCAAUUUUGUAUUUAAUUUGCUACCUUGCCCUAGAUCCCAUGUGAUCUAUCCUUCUGGACCAGCCUACCAUGUGGUGGAUCUUUGUUAAAGGCCACAUUGACAAUGUCCACCACACUGUCAAGUCUUCUUGGUCACCUCCUCAAUCAAAUUGUGAGAAAUGAUCUUCUUCAAACAGAACCAUGCUAACUAUCCUUCAUCAGCACUUGCAUUUCCAAAUCCAAAUAAACCGAUGUGCUGUACCUCACAUAGAUGUGCUAUCUGCUGCCAUUGGCUAAAACCAGUAAGGGUAUUAGAUUUCCCAAUUACGACAGUUUUUAAAGAACUAGUUUAACAAAAACAUAAUCUUCAAUAGGUCACAUAAUUGCUAUCUUGCACUUUACUCCACCUGAUAACAAAAUUUAAUGCUGAACUAUUGGAAUGAUAGCACAUUUUAAAAUAAUGGUCAGCUGUCUUUCUGUUAGUGCUACUUAAAGUGCAACAAUAAAAGACCCAUGCAACUCCAUCAAAGUUAAUUGACUUGUUAUUUGAAAAGAAUUCACGUAAAUUUUGUUUUAAGCAUACUUGACAGUAAAAGCUGAGAAAGAAAAGCAAAUGAGACUGAGUUUUACAUUGAGCAAAUGCAAAGUGCAACAUGUUAUUCUUAAAAUAACAAACUAAGAUUUGUAGAUGUCCUAGGAUUGUGCACCUUGUUAACUGAGAUACAUGGUUUUUAGCAGAUAGAAUGUGAUUUUGCUUCUUGGCUUUUAGAGUCCAUUUUCCUUGUGUUAUUCCAGUGGGAAGCAACAUUAUUUAUUUAUGAAAUCUACUGUCAAUCUCUGGUCAUGCCCCAUGUGCCAGGAUGUAAUUGUAUCUGCACUUUAAGACUGAUGAAUUUUGCAUGUUAACUGUAUAAAUCAGAUAAACUCCUGGUUUUGUAGGACAAAACCAAUUGCUAUUUGUGAUUUUUUUUAUUAAUGCCUAACAUUCAAUGUAAUAGUCCUUGGCAUCGUGUAAAAUAAAGAGGUGUUUGACGU